AUCAAAAACAUUAUCCAAAUUCCCUCCUCCCAUUGGGCAAAAGAAGUAAGAACAACGAAAAAGUUGCAAACACAAAAAAGUUGCAAAGAUAAACCAGCGUUUCUGCAAAGCACUUGGGAUUUCAGAAUGAGGUGCAUCCAAUUUCACCCUGCUGCAUUGCUUCCCAUGCAAACACAGCUCAACCACAGACAGCAGCUGCUGGGGAGUAGUUGUAAAGUGCUUUUGAUUUCCACCAUUGAAGCUACUAAUUAUAAACUUGCUGCACAGAGGCAGCAGCAGCACUUUCCUUCUCUGAGGACCAAGGCCAUGCACAAUGAUAUUGCUCUUGCUGUCACUUCCCCUGCGAAGUCUGGAGACAUUUCAGUCCUCCUUCAAACUGGUGGGGUACUUUUUCUUGCUUACUUGUUCUCAAAUUUCGUUGUGCCAAUUCUCAUUACGAAAUAUUUCGGAUUCGAUAAGGUGGGUGAAGAAGAAGAAGAUGAAGACAACCUAUUUAAGAUGUGAAAAGGGGUUUCAAGAGCACUGAGUCUGGAAACAAGAUGAACAUGUUAGCAGAAAAUGUCAAGAGGUUCUUACUUUUAAAGUUAGUUUUGAGGUGGAAUGGAAAGUGUGACAGUUUACAAAUGUGAUUCUUGAUGAGCUUAUUUAAAACGGUAAAUGGGAUCCCUUUUUAUGUUGUUCUUGGGUCCAAUUUUCACACCCAAAAUUUGUAAGUUUAAUCUUAAUACUAAUCUUGGUCAAAGACCUGGUGAUUUUAGAGCA